UUAUAGUGGAAAAAUGUGUAGUUCUUGUUGUGAAACACAUGUUUAAAUUUAAUUAUAUAUUCAAAUUUUUGAGAGUGAUUUAAAGUUACAAACUGUAUACAGAUGUUAAUACGUGAAUUCUAUUUUUAAUAAAUGAUAACUUUUGGAAAAUAUAAAAAACUGGUGUGUUUGAAUUGCACGUGUCAAUAAUUUGGUUGUGAAUAAAUCUGAUGUAAACUAAAUUAUGGAUAACUUACCCAAAGUAUAUAUUGAUGGUGGUGAGUAUACUAGAAUAUUGUAACUGUGCUAGGCCUAUAUGGACUGACUUACUGUAAUCAAAUACACGACCACCUACACAAGACCAUGUGGGUAGCUUUAAAACUUAGCUAAAAGUUAUAACAUAUACAAAUUUGAUCAGUUACAUUUAACCAAUGUAUCUGAACUUACUUUACAUGACCACGUGGGGUUUUUAUUAUCAAAAUAUAUAUCCAGACUUUCCACAUAAAACAAUCAACCUUGGGGGAAUUAAAUGAAUGACAUGAUCUACAACUUCUACAGUGUACAUUACUUGCUGGAGUGGUAAGUGUUGGUGCUGGAGUUCUUUACAAAGCAUCAUUUUAUUUAGUAUAGAUUUAUAUGGGCACAUGUGAUCUAGUCACCAUUAUCAAAAUUUGAUCUCCAAAAACAUGGAUUAUAAACCCUUGUCAGUAGCAAUAAUAAUUUAUUUGUCAGGGUUGUGAUAGUAAGCAAUGUCAGAGAAGUUGGAAUUGGCACAGGCAGAACUGAUGAAUGUACCAGAGCUGCCAGUUAAGGUGGAGUCGUUACCAGCAGUAACGUAUCUGUUGGAGCUGGAGGUAUCCAAUGUCAGCUGGUUCCAUCACCCACUGUUCAGUCGAGAACAUGUGGCAGUAAGACGGUUGCUAGCAUACUACAGUGCAUACAGAGGACGAGUCCAGGCAGGCCUGGGACGUCGACUUGCCAACAAACUGCAGGCAUUGCGCACUGCCAGGGAAAAUGUCAAAAGAGUUGGAGAUAAUGAGCGAUACAUCAGAUACAAACAGCAAGUGAGAGAGACAAGGGAAUUGAGGCUAGAGGAAGGGAAGAAGGACCGAGCGGCUGUUGUGAACUGUCUGAGAGCCUGGCUAGAUCUGCGAACUCUACGCCAUCAGCAGGGAUACAGUGUGACAUCCGUCAGUUUGAGAAUCGUAGAGUUGGAGGGCAGUGGAGACAAUGUCAUGUUUGGUGGUGUCAAUGAAUGGGACACAGAACUGAAAUGUCAAGUUGCAGAGCGCCUUGAAGAAGAAGAUGAAGAAUACAAAAAGAAAAUGGAGGAAUUAAAAGAAGACAAAGAAGGUGAAAAGCUGAAGGAAAUGUUGAAAAGACCACGUUCAGAAAUAUUUGAAGAGGUUAAGAGCAGAUUAGGUGAAAGUUUGACACCACCCGGAGAACCAGUCAUAGUUUUGGAACUUGGGGAUGAACCAUCAACACCAGAGAUAGAGAUCAGUGACAAUUGUGAGCUGGAACGGCGAGUAGCGUUGAAGCGGUGCCACAUGGUUGUGCGAGUAUUGUACAACAAGAGGGUGGUGUGUCGCUCAAGGUCACUGUCUCUCUAUCCCCACUUCAGCACAUCUCUCAACCAGAUGUUUUCCCUGCAAGUCAAAGACUGGCCACAGUCUCUGGCUCUACAGCUGGUCAUGGAGGGAGGGAUUGGUGCCGGGAAAAGACUUAGUACUUCAGUGUUUAUACCCAUGCCUUCCAGAAGUACAACUUUGUUAGUUGCUCCUGUAGAACAUUUAGAGUUCAGCACACCUGAUAAACUUGGACCUUAUCCUCACGGAGGAGUGGGCUGUGGCUUGACUGACAGCUCAGGCAAUGUAUUAUACACUGGAGGCACAGUCACUUGUAGAGUGGGCUGGGGAGAGCAAGGAGGACCUCCUCACAGACCACCUAGCAACAGUAGCAGGACUUUGUGCAAGACAUUGACUAGUGUCAGGAGUUUGAGGGAGUGGAGCUCUAGAGCACAGUUGGACCCCAAUGAUCCUGCCAAUGCUGAUCUCUUUGAGUAUAUCAAGGGCGAGAAGGAUACAAGUCCUCUACAUAAUGAAGACCAGAAUAAAGGUUUACCAGAUGGUGACUUCUGCACUAUGGAUGAUAUAGAGAACAAUCCUCGCCUUAAGUUAUUGAGUCUUCGCAACCAAAUGGUUCCUGAAUUUAGAGAUAUUAGAAAUAUCCCCAUAAGAGAUCGAGAGAUUCCAGAAGAUAUAUUCAAAAUCUAUGAGAAGAGGGUCCAGUGUCCCGUGCGCAGUGGGCCGGGGGUGGGUGAGACGGGAGUGGAGUGGCAGCUGGAAUGGAGUCGGCAGCAAUUGGACCUAAUCCGUGAUGACAUUGUGCAGCACUGCCGCCAGUCCCAGCAACAGCACAGUCUGCGCGAGGUAGUACUGGAGGACCAGGUUCCUGAUAUAGGAACCUUGGGACUAACAUUUAUGAAAUGGCUUCAACCAAAGCGACCCCUACGUCCCACACGAAAGGAAAGAAAAAAGUUGCCAGUUAUGGGUCUUGUUGGCCAAGAAGUAGAAGUGAUAGUAAACGUAGUAAGAGCAUUUGAAGUACCUGUCAGAAUUGAUGUAGACCCCCUGCUCGAGAGUGAUUUACCUUUGGUUCCAGUGCGACCAUUUGUUGAAGUCAGUUUUCAGAACCGCAAAUGCCGCACUACAACAGCAGAAGGAGCUAACCCUACAUGGAACCAAGAUCUUCGUAUACCAGUCAAGCUGGCUAGCAGUGGGCUCUACAAUGUCCCUGACAAGUUGUACUGCCAACUUUAUGAUGAAACUGUAGUAGAUCUUCUAGAGGAUGAUCGUCAACGAGAAACCAACAUUCACCAGCGGCUGCAGCGUCAGUGGCUCGGUUCCUUACAGAUACCCUUCUCUUCUCUCUGUUCAAAUUCUAGAAUUGAGGGAACUUUUCAACUGUACUCUCCUCCAGUGUUGCUAGGUUACCAGCGCGAGUCUCAGCACAGGCAGGUCAGCAGCUCUCCGACCAGCCUGAGAGACAGCACCUUCCUCACACUCUUCAUCACUGUACAUCCACCCCUUCAUCCUCCUGAACCAUUCAAGGAACAUCUGCCUUGCAGUGAGAUGCCAUACCUGGAGCAACAUCUGCAGGAAUGGCAAGCCCAGGUGGUCAGUCAGUACCCACACAGGCCUGUCAAGUGCCUUGUCGUUGAUACUUCUGCAAAGUCCAUUUGUGUCACUCGUUUCUUUCAGCCUCUUGCUCCUCCAGUACUAGAAGAAGGAGUAUCCACAACACCUGAAAUGGCUCUCCGGUUUGUGUCCAAAAUACCAAUGGUUCCGGGCAGUAUGCUAUUUCCUGGACUAUUUGAUGUGUGGCUGACAGCCCAGCAAGUGCUGACGCUACUGUCUGGAGAUUCAGAGGAUCAUGCUGUAUUACUCUGCUGCUACUUGCUGCACCUAGGACUGAAAGCUUGGCUACUACUGGGUAGUGGGGUACCACAUGGUCCUAUGGCUUUGGUGCUGACCCGGGACAUAUCUGGGACUGCCACCCUAUGGGACCCAGCCACUGGACAGCAGUUUAACACUCAGGAUAGCUUCUGUCCCCUUCACCAUGUUUAUUGCCUCAUCAAUCAGGAUAAUAUAUGGGCUAACAUCCAACGAGAGGAAGUUGUGAGCAGAACUAAGUUUGAUGUAACUCGUAGAGGUGACUGGUGGCCUGCAUUUAACAGAAAUGUUGCAGCUCCAAUGGAAUCAGUUCAGCCAACUCAGAUAGAGUACACAGUGUCGCCAACCCUCAAAACUGAUGUAGCUCUACUACAAGACAAGCUGGAGAAAAUUCUACGUGAUUCCAUUACAAAAUGGAGACCAACUACAAGGACAGUUUGGAAUCGUUAUGUAACAGUUAAACUGCGGAAGCUGCUCCCUGGUCUGGAGAAGGCCGCUUGGAGCAAUAAUCUCUCUGUGUCUUCAGAACACAUCAACCAGCUUAGUCAGACACUCUCCAGUCACAAGAUGUGUGGGUUUACUCAGAAUUUUGCAUUUACAAAGACAGAAGAAAUUGUGGAAGCUGUCCGGGCUACAGGAGUUCACACCAAUGAGAAUCCUGAUGUGGAGUUUGCUCUGGCAGUGUAUAUACAUCCAUUUGUGUGUAGUGUUUUGUCUGUGUGGGUGUAUGUUACAUCACUCACGCUUCGAAGAUAACACUCAACACUCGUUCUUACUUUAAAUAUUCUAUUUAUUUUAACCCAUUUUUACUAGUAUAUAAGUAAUAAGCUUUAUGUAAGUUACCUUAUUUAUUUUUUACUUUGUAAUAAAUGUUUUGUUAUUAUAUUUAUAUUCAGUUUUAACUUGUCCACUUGUAAUUAAUUCUUUUUUUUACUAUGUAAAUUUAAUAAAGUAUGUUAUUUAGCCAUAAACAAAUUUACUUUUUGCCUGAAACCUCCCUUGCUUUCAUAAGUCUUUGUUCAGCUAAUAAAAAACCAAUUAAAUCA